GUCCUAUUUAUUAUAUAUGUACAUAUAUACACACAUAACCAAAUGUACAUAUUUUAUACACACACACACGACACAGAGUGCGCCCAAUAUUAUAGAACAUGUAAUACACACAUUCACGGAAAGCACCCGUACAAGAACAGAAUUGUCUAUGUUGUUGAUAUGGCCAUUCUGUGAAAUGUCUCCAGUGGACUGUCGUCCUACCCUUCAGUUAUUUCAAGUAGAAGCCUAAGGAAGACGUGGUCUCUGUGCGGACUUAGACCCUGGCGAGCCUCAAUGCGGAACCAAAGGAUGAGCGAAAUCGGUUGCAGUGGCGGUUUAUUUACACCAAGACACACACCUCUUCACCUUGGCCGGAGGCCACACAGACCUGGGGAAAUGUUUUGCCAACGUACUCGCAGUAGUUCCCAUGGUUUCCUUUGCUCCCAGCGGUUGCGCGGGCUGGGUUUUUGGAGCAAAGGCAACGGAUACUGCUGAGGCUCCUGAGAAUGUCCCGUUUUCGAGGCUGCAGUAGCUCCAGUGUCCGGUUCUGCAGUGCCGAGAGGGAGGCCUCGGGCUCCGGGCGGGGGAAUGUGUUGCAGUUUGUCCAAGAGCCCCAAGCCCAGCAAAGCCGCCCGUUCCCCGCUGGGGCGCAACUCUCACUGGAACUCUUGUUCUCUGACUGGGGAAUGGAAUGGGCUCAGCCAAGGCUCCCGAAACCAGCCCUGCCGCUCCCACUUGUGGUCGCAUUCUCAAGAGCGGCUGACUGCGCCGUGGACCAUCACUUUCGCUUCUGCCUGCUCGUGCGCCUAUUGCGGCAACUACUCACGCUCCUACGGGACGAGGAGAGGGAGGUGAAUCCGUGGCAGAGCUCUGCUUAACAUAUUGAAGUAAAGAAUGAAGAGCCAAAGAAAUGCACUACUUCAGUUUCUACAUCAGAAAGUAUUUUUAAGAUACAGACCUUUCUUGAGAAGUUAAAAAAAAGUUUAUAAAUAGUUAAACAUUAGACUUUACUUUUAUUCAAAUUGCCUAUCAUCUAUUCCUUUUCAGUAUUUCAAAUGCAAUAAAAUUGAUAAUCAGAAAUACUUUUUUAGAAGUUACUUUUUUAUUUAUAUUUUUUGUAGAAAAAUAGUAGUCUAGUCAUUCAAGUGAAAGGUCCAAGAAAGGAAGAAAGAAAAAUUUAUCGAAAAGAAAACACAAGAAGUAUUCUGAAGAUAGCGACAGUGACUCUGAUUCUGAAACAGACUCCAGUGGUAAGAAAGCCAACAGCAUUCUGCAAGCCUUGCUUCAAAACUAGUUUUAUUUCUUAAAACUUAUUUUAGAAGAAGGUUCCUGAAAACACUAAUAAUACUGAAGAGUUUUUGAACGCUUGCUAACCUUGUGCCAGGCAUUCCCCAUAAGUGCUUUAUAUUCAUUAUUACCAUCUAAUCCAUAAAUAACUGUUGGGUACAUCUUAUAGAUGAGGAAAUGGAGACAGAGCAGAUUAUAAGUACUGUCCCCAAGGUCACACAGUUGGGAUUCAAACCUAAGCAAUCUGACUCCAGAUUGGUUGUGCAUAGUUGUACAAAGCACAUGGCACCAGACCAAGUCAGGGGAUUGGGCUGUACCAAAGUAAGCCUUACAGGGCUGCAUCAGCCCAGUGGAAGGGCUCAUUUGUGUAAUUCUCAUGCCCAGUGGGCACUGCUGUACAGUUUUCAAAAAGGCACUCCCUUUAGACUGGCUGCCAAUUUAUGGAAGGCACCCCAUCUGGGGUAGUGCAUCACAAAAAGCCACCUUUUUUAUGCCCUCUCCUGGCUAAUGAUUGACCAGAGGGUGCUUCCUCUUGGUUGGCAUAUUCCACAAAGGCUCUGCUUCCUCUGAUAUUGCCCCAGUUUCCUGGUCCCCAAUGUCACUUUACUUCCUUGCCACUGGAAAACCAAACUUUCUUAAAGCACACAUCUAAGCAUGUCAGUGCCAUACUCAAAAUCCUUCAGUAGUUCUCCAUAGCCCUCAGGGUAAAGUUCAGACCCUGACUGAUCCUUCUCUAAUCACAUAUACCCUGUCACUUUUUGUUGCACCAUACUCUGUGGCCUGAAAACUUUUUUUCUUUCUUCCUUUCUUUCUUUCCUUCUUUCUUUCUUCUCUUCUCUUUUCUUUUCUUUUCUUUCGUGCCUGCCUGCCUGCCUGCCUUCUUCUUUCUUUCUUUUUCCUUUUCUUUCUUUUCUUUUUUUUUUUCAGGGCCUCCCUCUGUCACCCAGGCUGAAGGGCAGUGGCUCGAUCUCUGCUCACUGCAACCUCCACCUCCAGGGUUCCAGUGAUUCUCCUGCCUCAGCCUUCCGAGUAGCUGUGACCACAGGCACGCGCAACCAUGCCCAGCUAUUAAAAAAAAAAAAAAUUGUAGAGAUGAGGUCAUGCUGUGUUGCCCAGGCUAGAACUGCUUUCUGUCUCCUCAGUAUUCUAUGUUCUUUCUCUUGACUCUAUUGCUUGGUAGAGAGGCCCUCUGCCUACAAUACCAGUCUCUUCUUCCAACAAACUUGGCUUACUCAUUGCAACAAUGGAUUUUGUAAUCAAAUAACUACUCUCAGAGCCACCUUUCUUGGUCAACCAUUCCUCAACCCCCCUCCUCAAAUCAGUUCUGAUUUUGAGACUCCUCUGUGUGUCCAGAGCACCUCAAGCUUCCUUAUGUCACUCUGGAUUGUAUCAAUCUCUUUACCUAUUUGUCUCCUCCAUUAGACUGAGCUCCUAGAAAGCAUUCUCCUUCCCCACUCCAACACACACAUAGUUUUCUUUCCCUUUUUAUCAUGGAAAUCUUCAAAUGUUCAGAAAAGUAAAGGGAAUAGUAUAAUUAAUACUAUAUACCUUAGUACUCAGGUUUAACAUUUGUUAGCAUUUUGACAUGUUUGCUUCAAAUAUGGAUUUUUCACUAAGGUAUUCAAAGUAAAUUACAAAUGUCAUCACAUUUCGCUACAAAAUAUUUCUGUGUAUCUCUUUAAAAUGAUAUUUUCCUACUUAACCAUAAUACCAUUAACUUAUGAAAAAAUUAACGUUAAUUUCUUAUAUCAUAUAAUACCUAAUGUGACUUUAAUAAUAUAUAUAUCCCCAGUGCCUAGCACAGUUCUUGACAAAUAGUAAUAAAUGUUUGAAUGAAUAAAUUUCUCUAUAACAACAAAUGAGAAACAGCAAAAGCAUAUUUAUUUACUCAAAAGUAUUGAGGUUUUAGAGGUAACUUUUAAAAAAUUAUAAUGUGUUUUAAUUUGCAGAUGAAGACACAAAAAUGAGAGCAAAGACAGCUAAGAAAAAGGAAAAGAAAUGCAGAUGGCCAGAUUUUUUCCUUUAAUUUUUAUUAUGGAAAAGGUCAAAUGUGUAUAAACAUACAUAGAAUGGUAUAAUGAUCCCUCAGGCACGUAGCACCCAGCUUGAACAAUUAACAACUUGUGGGAAAUUGCCAUUGCCCCCUAAUUAAUUUGAAACCAAUCCCAGGUAUAAUGUCAUUUAUAAACAAUUCAGCAUGUUUCUCUAAAAGACUGUUUUCUUUAUUAGUCUGUUUUCACACGCCAUAAAGACAUACUUGAGACUGAGUAAUUUAUAAAGAAAAGAGGUAUAAUUGAUUCAUAGUUCUGUAUGGCUUGGGAGGCCUCAGGAAAUUUACAAUCAUGGCGGAAGCCAAAGGGGAAGCAAGGCACAUCUGACAUGGGAGCAGAAGAGAGAGUGAGAAGGGGGAAGCACCAGACACUUUACAGACAACCAGUUCUCAUGAAAACUCACUCAGUAUCAUGACAACAGCAUGGGGGAAACCCAUCCAUCCAAUUACCUCCCACCAGACCCCUCCCUCCACAUGUGGGGAUUAUAAUACAAGAUGAGAUUUGGGUGGGGACAGAGCCAAACCAUAUCAGAUACACGUUCUUUUUCUAAAAACAUAACUACAAUACCAUUAUCAUGCCUAAAAAAAUUAACAAUAACUCCUCAACUCUCAUCACACUCCAUUUUUAAAUUUUUGUUGUUUUCUAGCCUAGCAGUUUCACAUGAGGAAGACAGCAUAAAGAAAGCCAAGGUCUGACUGCUUCUUUUUGAUGAUCAAUUAAUCUAGAAUAUUAAUCAGGGAACUACCUCCUCCCUCUUGCUUCUAGCAGCACUAAACAAAAGGUUCCCUUUUUGUGUUUUUAUCAUCAGGAACCAGGGUCCUUUCAAGGAGGUUGAAUGAGACAAAAUACAUUUGAAUGCAUGAUUGUCAGCUUCUGAGCUGGGGAAUAUGCAACAAUAUGCCUUCUGGGCUGGGGAUGGGAGAGCAAAGGGAGAACUGCCUCAUUCUGGCUUUGGUAGAGUCUCCUCUUGUGUUUCAUUUGAUGCAGAGGAACUUUGGGCCAGAAUGAUUCCUAUUUCCCUAUGUCCUCCACAGAAAGGGAGGACAGUGAACAGAAUUUGGAAUAUACUAGAUAGAUGUUUGGCUGCCACCUUCCCAUAAAGCCCUAUGAGUAGCUUCUUCGGAAGAUUCCUUUAGACUACAGGGUUGUGUCUAAGCUCUUCAGCAUAAAUGGAGAUGGGCCCUGUCUUGAAACACACUGUUCUUUUACUAGGGACUUUCCCCACCCCCAUUUUGCAUAUGUAUGUAUGUGAGCCGUACAGGGCCUAUUGGUGAUUGAGGAAUGUCAGCUCAUAAAAUGAGGCUUCCUUGUAAUUCUGUUUAAAUGACUUUUCCUUUGAAAUUCUUAUCCAUACUUUAUUUGGCACACAAAACAGAUAUACAGUUGACUCUUGAACAACACAGGUUAGAGCUGCAUAUGUCCACUUAUAUAUGGAUUUUUUUUCAAUAAAUAGAAUUGGCCCCCCAUAUCCACAGGUUUCACACCUGCAACCAAAUGCAGAUCAAAAAUACAGUAUUCGUGGGAUGCAAAACCUGCAGAUAGGUAAGGCCAACUUUUUGUAUACUUGGAUUCUGCAGGGUCAAGUGUGGGGCUUGAGUAUGCAUGGAUUUUGGUAUCUGCAGGGGUCCUGGGAACCAAUGUUUACAAGGAAUUCACAACUUUUUUUAAAUAAAAAAUGUGCCUUAUAAAAAA